AGGCAGGCGGCAGCUGCAGGCCGACUGGCCACCUCACUGGUGGGGGAUGGACUGGCCGCACCACCUGCUGUUUCUUCUUACCCUCUCCAUCUUCCUGGGGCUGGGCCAGCCAAGAAACCCCAAAGGCAAGAGGAAGGGACAAGGGCGGCCUGGAACCCUGACCCCUGGGCCUCACCAGGCGCCCCUGGACCUGGUGUCGUGGGCACAGCCGUUCACCCGCAUGGAGGAGUAUGAGAGGAACCUGCGGGAGAUGGUGGCCCAGCUGAGGAACAGCUCGGAGCCGGCCAGGAAGAAGUGUGAGGUCAACCUGCAGCUGUGGCUCUCCAAUAAGAGGAGCCUGUCACCCUGGGGUUACAGCAUCAACCACGACCCCAGUCGCGUCCCUGUGGACCUGCCGGAGGCUCAGUGCCUGUGCCUGGGCUGCGUGAACCCCUUCACCAUGCAGGAGGACCGCAGCAUGGUGAGCGUGCCCGUGUUCAGCCAGGUGCCUGUGCGCCGUCGCCUCUGCCCGCAGCCACCGCGCACCAGGCCCUGCCGCCAGCGCACCGUCAUGGAGACCAUCGCCGUGGGCUGCACCUGCAUCUUC